GGUCCGAGUGAUGGUGGAUUUGUGUAACAGCACAAAAGGGAUAUGUUUAACAGGCCCCCCAGGACCCCCAGGGCCUCCUGGGCUGCCUGGCUACAAUGGAUCAGAUGGAAUCCCAGGAACUCCAGGACAAAAGGGAGAACCAGGAGUAAAUGGAAAAAGAGGAAAAAUAGGUUUGCCAGGACCAAAAGGUGAUCAAGGACAGAAAGGAGAACCAGGAGAAAUGGGUUUGCCUGGCAAGGAUGGUAUGCCAGGAGGAAAAGGUGCAAGGGGAUCCAAGAGAAAAAAGGGGGAUGCAAACAAUGAUGUGAUAUUAGAAGGUGCAAAAGGUGAGCCUGGCCCACCUGGGCCCCCUGGACCUCCUGGACCCCCAGGGCCUCCAGGAAAACGUAAAGGUAAAGCCAAAGUGGAGCUUCAGGAGAACAUCUACAGCAGCAAAUGCACAGAUGAGAUUUGUGGUGUACCAAAUGAUGAUACCCUCGCUGGAAAGGCUGAAGACAGAACCCCAGAACCUCCUUCAAAAAAAGCUGAAUGUGUCAUAACGUCUGUAGGAAGUCCUGAUCAGUAUGUCAGUGUACAGCAAACGUUUGGAACUUGGAUGAGGGAACCUGCAAACAUAAGUGAUGAAAGGAUUUGGCUCACCAUGCAUUUUUCAGGAAACUAUAUAAAAGAAUAUGAAAAUUUCGAUGCCUUGGUGAAUGGCAGCUACAGGAUCAUUAACAUCACAGGAUUUUUCUAUGGAUGUGGUCAUGCAGUACAAAACAACCAUCUCUACUAUCAUCAGGGAGGAACCAGUUACAUUCAGAAGGUUGGGCUCAAUACAGCCUCACGGCACACCCUGCACAUCAAGAACGCCUUACACCAGGGCAAGAACUACCUCUUCUCUAACUCCAAGACAUAUUUCAACAUAGCAGUGGAUGAGAAGGGUCUCUGGAUUAUAUAUGCCUCAAGCACUGAUGAAAAUAUAAUGGUAGCCAACGUUGAUGAAGAAACCUUCUCCGUCAAUUGGCACAUCAAUACCAGCUAUCCUAAGUCCAAGGCUGGUAAUGCAUUCAUAGCAUGUGGCAUUCUGUAUGUUACUGACACUAAGGACAUGACAGUAAGUUUUGCUUUUGAUUUGCUGAAAGGGAAGCAGAUUGAUGCAAGGUUUAAGUUACGGUCUUCACAGUCUGUUCUUGCUAUGCUUUCGUACAGUCUGCGAGACAAGAAUUUGUACACGUGGGAGAAUGGAAGCUUAAUGGUAUACCCAGUCCAUUUUGGCAGAUGAAUAUAUGUUCACAUGCCACCUUUGACUAAAGGAUCUGUUUAAAGCUCUAUGACAUACACAUGGGGGUCUCUUCACUUGGUAUAAGUUUCUGUUUGCUGAUUGUGGUUUGUGAGUGUGUAUGAAAGGGAGAUCAGGUGCCUUUGUAUGAACACACUUAGAUUACUGUCCUCAUCUUUUUAAAAAAUUGUUGUUCACUAUUGCAGAUGGCACACGGCAUAGACAUACUUUUGUUUUUCCCAUUACUCAGCUGAUAAUUGUGUCUAAUGUACAUUGAUUAUUCCAUGGUCAUGUGCUCAGCAGAGACUAUUUGUAACUUUUAUUUAAAAUCAUCUUCUCUGCAAUCAUUUUCUAGUCAGUGAUGAUGGUCUAAUAUAAACACCUAAAUAAUGAACUUUUGUGUACAAAUACCUUUGUCACUUUCAUUUAAUUUCCAUGGAUUCUGUGUGACCACUUUUUCUGGACAAAGUUUUAAAAAUCUAAAAAUAAUGGGAAUGGAAAUUCUUGUUUAAAUAGAAAAAAAAGCAGAAAGCUUAAAAUUUGACAUGUCAAAUCAACUGUUAAUAAUCAAAAGCAAAAUCCAGCUAAAGGAAAAUGGAAUAAUGCCAUUAAAUACAGCUGAAUAGACAUGAAUUGUGUUUCUUUAGAAUUAAAGACAUAACCAUUAAAAUUAAAAUUUCAUUUUUAACAAUA